AAUAUUAUUUGCAUGUUUCCUGUCACUAAGUGAACAAGUACCUGUACUGACUUUUUUUCAUCAAUGCAUACUGGCUGUAACAGACAGAAAAGUAAAACUCUUCAGCCUUUGAUAAAAAGCUAAACUUGGCACCAGGCAAUACACAAAGAAAUGUCAGGCUAGCGGAGCAGGCUUCCUGAAACCGAUAGCAGUUGUAGAGAUAAUAUGAGCAGCAGGCAGCUUUCCUGUGAUACACAGUGGAGAGAGAGAGAGAGAGCAUGCUUCCACCGCCUGGCUCCAUGGGCGGCUGCCGCAGAUAACACGCUGGCAAGCACAGACACACAGAAGCAACAAAUGUAAAGAACUAGCCAUGCAGCAAUCCAUAAGUCACCAGUGUGAGCUAAAGGAAUACUGUUUUCUCCUCCAUUUUACAGCUUAACAUGGGAUGAGUAGCAAGACACAAUGGUAAUGCCAGCAUCUCGAUAAUGCUAACAGAGCAGUUAGCAGACCACCAAGACCUUAUCGAGAGCCUUGACACUGAACCCAUCUUCGACUACCUCCUGCAGCAUGGCGUGCUCACCACACACGUCAUCAACGACAUCUGCAAGGAGCAGUGUCAGCUGCAGCGCAACACGACGUUACUCAAACACGUGGAGGACAGUGGCCACAAUGCUGUGGCUCUCUUCAUCAACGCUCUGCGGCAGUCCGGCCAGCUCCACCUUGCCAGCUCGCUCGAUGUCUCACAGAGAAUCAAACCAAUAUAUGGCACAGGUUACUGGGAGAAAAGACGGCAUAAAGGGCAGGUUGUGGUUCAGAUAACAGUAUCAGCGGUCAAAGUCCUGGUACCGAGAGACGAAGGUGUGUCUGUUGAGAGAGUUAAAAAACGCGAAUUCAUCGAGGUGAAGAUGACGCCACGACGACUCCACAAGUCCUAUGACAACAUGUUAAUGAUCGAAACCGAAGAAGUGAACUCGACACGACCAAUACGUAUCACAAGCUACUCACGCACAGAGGAGGGGGAGGAUCCAGAGGAGGAGGAGGGUAACCCUCGCAGAGCAUGCUGGUGCAUGUGCUUUCCAUUUCGUAAAAAAAGUAAAUCAAAACAAUAUGCAACUAAAAAGGAGAAAAAUUCCAAAACUAAACCCAAACCUGAUUCUCCAUCAAAAUGGUUAGAAUCACCAAGCAAAGAGAAAACAGUUAGUACAUCACCUGGGAGAAAGCACUACCCUGAAACAGGUCGGGGCAAGAAAAAUGUUAACUCUGCAAAUAAAGGAAAUUUAGAACUCAAUGGAAAUUCAGACAAUACCAAAAAUGGUGGGAGCAGUUCUAAAAUGGAUGCUUCUCUGGUGCGAUACAAGAAUCACAGAAAUGAGUAUCCAGGCUCUACAAAGCUGGACCAAGACAACAAAGAAAAUACUGACUCCGUAAUCAUGAAGUACAAUAUUGACUUGGAGCUGGUUGAAAUGAAGAGAUACUCACAGAUACUUGGUGACAAACUUUCCAUAAAUGGUUCAACAAUGACAAACUCACUGGUUGAAAAAUGGAAGUCCAAUGGCAAAAAGUAUGAGGAAAAGUCAACCGAAUUUUAUAAACUCUUCGACAAGCAUCUAAAAACGGAUGUGGUGAAAUAUUUUGAACAGGAGCGAGGAACGCUCAUUCUACAGAUAUUCAGUGACAAGAACAUUUCCAUCUUCAAUAUCUGCAUGACGAAGGACCAUGUUGCUAGGAUACGUGAACACUAUCAAAGUGGAACUCUCCAGAAGAAGAUGGAAACAUUACUGUUAUCUGGAGGAACUGUUGAGAAGCUGGGCAUUCUGGGUAUUACAUUUAACAUAUGUAUUGAAGACGACCAGUUUGAAAAAGCUCUCCAAGAGCUUUAAGUGAACUCUCUAACUGACGUAGUUAGUGUUGUAGCAGUCAUGUAUAAAUACUUUGUGAUACUGAUAAUUAAGCAUAAUGGUGGGUAUGCUGUAGUAUGAGUGUCAUAUAUGUUAACAUAAAGGAGUAUUUUGAUCAAUAUAUUUAGGUGGACCAUAUUUUUAAAUGAUCUAUUUAGUUUUGGAAAAAUUUUCUUUGUAAAUAUUGUACAUACAUUAUUUAUCAUAUUCCUAAUAGGUAAUGUGCAAUAUUAAAUUUUUAAAAAUAUUAUAUUAUAAAGUGUGGAUGAUAGUAGGCCUAAUACAUUCGAUCACACAAUACUUGUAAACAAAUAUGUUUAUUAAACAUGAAAUAAAAUUGGACAUUUUAUUGGCCUAUUAUGAUGACCUAUUACUCUAUAUAAACAUACAGUGUUCUAGCUAGGAUUUUGACAGGGCAGGGCACUAAUUUAAUUGUAGGGCAUUUUUAAUGCGAAAAUCAUACCACAUUACUGCUGUCGGCUUUCACACCUGUGACCAAAUAAUAUAUUGUCAAAUGCUUUUUAGUUGGGAAUUUAGACUCGUAACAACACUGUACACACUUUGAGAGGAAAGCAAUAUUUUGUAUUUUGUGUUUGACAAUGAAUUAGGGCAGGGCGGCGAUAAUCAGGGGUGGUGCGGCAACAAACACGGCAAGGCGGCACAAAACGGGGGCUAGCUAGAACACUGAACAUAGAUAUAAUUAUAUAAGUACAUGAACAAAAUUGCCUUUUAUCUAAAGAUGGAUAUUAUUAUUAUAUAAACAUAUAAAAUUAGAAUGAAACUAUGAAAUUGAUUGCAGCUGACACAGCUUGAUAAUAUGAUUACACUUGGCUGUUGUAAACACACCUGAGAGGUGUAAUGAUAUAUGAGGGUUAUAGACUGUUUCAAAGUCUCUACUUUUGUAUCAAAAGAUACCAUUUUCAAUUACCUGUUGUUUGUAUAUGGCAUUAGGUCGUCAUAAUGUUAAUUAACUUUUCAGACUUUCAUUGAUGGGAUUUCCAUCAAUCAAAUACAUGUAUGUAAUAAGAAAGAAAAAGCUGGGAAUAAUUUUGGUUAGGAUUUUAAUACUAUCAAGACUAUGAAACCAAGUCUAGAAAUGGGGCAAAAUGGAAAAUGAAACUAUUCUAAUAUUUAAUACUUUAAUAUUUAUAAUGUAUUGACAUUUACAGAGAAAACAUAAUAUAAUCCUAUAGUGCUCCACACUGCUGUUUUCAGUUUGGCAAUAUGGGAUUCAACAUUUUACACAAACAAUUCACACAGUGCAGGACAUAUCAUGGGGUAUACAGGUCACUAUCACAAACAAUCCACGCAGGGCAUAUCAUGGGCUAUACAGGUCACUAUCACAAACAAUCCACACAGGGUGGGACAUAUCAUGGGCUAUACAGAAUCCACUAUCACAAACAAUCCACACAGGGCAGGACAUAUCAUGGGCUAUACAGGUCACUAUCACAAACAAUCCACACAGGGUGGGACAUAUCAUGGGCUAUACAGGUCACUAUCACAAACAAUCCACACAGGGCGGGACACAUCAUGGGCUAUACAGGUCACUAUCACAAACAAUCCAUGCAGGGCAUAUUAUGGGUAUACAGGUCACUAUCACAAACAAUCCACACAGGGUGGGACAUAUCAUGGGCUAUACAGGUCACUAUUACAAACAAUCCACACAGGGCAGGACACAUCAUGGGCUAUACAGGUCACUAUCACAAACAAUCCACGCAGGGCAUAUCAUGGGCUAUACAGGUCACUAUCACAAACAAUCCACACAGGGCGGGACACAUGGCUAUACAGGUCACUAUCACAAACAAUCCACACAGGGCAGGGCAUAUCAUGGGCUAUACAGGUCACUAUCACAAACAAUCCACACACGGCAGGGCAUAUCAUGGGCUAUACAGGUCACUAUCACAAACAAUCCACACAGGGCAGAUACAGGUCACUAAUAUACAUGAAUAGUUCACAUCUGCAAGAUGACUGAGCAUGGUACUGACAUAUUUUGUUAUUUUAUUUUAAAAUAUUUCUACAUGUCAUAGUACUAUGCAAAAGUGUUACUACGCAUAUUUUGCUUUAAAAAGACAACAAAGCUUUCUGAAUUUUAUAAUUAUAUCUCCAUGAAGACAAACAUUUACAUGUAAAUGGUGGUCUUUUUGGAUGGGUUGUUUUAUGCUUUAAAUACUUGAAUAGGAUUGUCUUAAAAGGAAAAACAAGAAAGAAAAUAUUUAUAGAUGAUUUUGUAUCCUGAAACCCAAAUAGCCCCGACAUUGUUCAGCUCAUACUAGGAUUAAAUCACUUGGGAUUAGGAUAUAUACUAAAAGGCAAAAGUUAUUGUGACACACAAAAGACAAAGAUAAUUGAUGAUCAGUUUUUACUGCCGUGUAUGAAACAUUAUAACAUGGAAAGAGAAAUGUCCGAAGGUAUAGAAA